UAGUAUUGUUUGGAGUGCUUCUAAAUUGUAAUCAUUCAGCGAUUUCAAUUGAGGUUUUGAAGUUUGUUUCUUCUAGUUUUGAAGAUUUCUGCAGAUAUAUUGGUGAAGUGCUACUCUCUUUGCAAAAGGAACAUAAGAACAAUAUUACCAUAGUUUAUUUUGAUAACCUUCUUUCAUAAUUCAUACGGUUCGUUACCACAAAUCUCUUCUCCUUCUCUCCUCAUCUAGUUUGUUUAAUUUUUAUGAGGAAGUCUUGUAAGCAACUGAAUUAAUCAACAUCAUCAAGAUAAUUCAAAGAACAUUCUCAACACUAUUUUCCAAGUUUAAUUUUCCUUGAUUCUUGUUAGCAUGUCAUAUUCUUAGUCAGUUGAGCAUCGUAUUUAUUUAUAUUUAGAUUCACCACCUCAUAUUCUAUGUUUACAAAUUCUUACUUGAACAUAACCUUUAAUUAAAUAACUUGUUUCAAGUACUGGUUACUCAUCAAUUACUGAGAAAGUUGUGUUUUAUGUACUGAUUACUAAAUUUUUGAAAACUUAACAUCAUGAUCGGCUUAAGAUCCUUCACUAGUAGGAUUUGUAAAUCGAGUAGAUCUACUUCCAAAAUUUAUUCCUCCACUAAUUCAGUUACAGAAAAAUAUCAAAAUAGUUUCAUCAAUCAGUCUCAAGUAACUCUCAAGAACUACUCGACUCUGUCAAUGCUCUCAUCCUCAACACAACUUUUGACAAACAAACUGUUUACCAGAAAACAAGCCUACCUCUCUACCAAACUGCAACCUCAAGUAACUGUGAUGGCAUACUUGAAUCAACCUCUAGUAACUGUCAAGAACUACUCGACUCUGUCAUUGCUUUUACCCUCAACAAAACUUUUGACAAACAAACUGUCCAUCGAAAAACAAGAUUUUCUGCCUACUAAACUGCAACCUCAAGUAACUGUGAUGGCAUACUUAAACCAACCUCAAGUAACUGUCAAGACCUACUCGACUUUCAUGAACAAACCUGGAGUAACUAUGAAGGCAUGCCUAAACCAACCUGGAGUAUCCAAGUCCUAUUCAUCUCACGCGGAAAGUGAUGAAGAUUUCGACUGUCGUUUUGAAACCUACUUCAACAAACCUGACAUUGACGGUUGGGAGGUGCGCCAAGGUAUUAACAAUCUGGUAAGCUACGACUGUGUUCCAGAUCCGCGGAUUAUCUGCGCAGUUUUGAAGGCUUGCCGACGCGUCAGCGAUUACUCCCUGGCGGUGCGGUUUUUGGAAGCGGUCAAGUUUAAAUGUGGUCCGAAACUUGCGGUUAUUUAUCCGUAUAUUUUGCAGGAGAUACGGCCUACCUUGCUUGAACUGGGAAUUGAUACACCUGAACAGUUGGGCUAUGAUAAGCCGGAAUUGUAUUUGGAAAGUGUUGAUGAUUUUUACUGAGUUUUAGAGUUGAAAUUCUGGUUGAACUCCACAGU